AUGUCUGAAGCUGAAUCUGUGCCUACUGGGUCACACCUCGUUCUGUUUGCCUACGAGGCCUGGGGCCACGCCCGCCCACUUUGUAACUUAGCAGCUCGGCUGGCGCAGGGUGCUGAAGGCACGACUGUGACUUUCCUCACCACACCAGCCUUCUACGACCGCGUCAAUUCGGAGCUCCUCCGUAACUUUGACGCGGAUGAGCCUCAUCCUCUGGAUCGUAUCAGAGUCAUUGCCCUGAACAACCCAGGCGCACAUGCGCUCGACACGGAGGGGCUGCAUGAGGCCUUCGCUGAAGCGCUCGAGAAGCUGGUGAAGGGCUUGCCUCUACAGUGUGUCCACACAGGGACCACAUACAACGCGGUUCCUCGUCCCAAGGCUGUCAUAAUCGACUUCUUCGGCCUGCCGCUUCUCCAGGCCGUGCGCCGGCUCAGCGGACCAGACCAGCCAAUCAAGGUCUUCGCGUGGAUUGCGGCAGCAGCAUCCAUCAUGUUCCGGAUGUCUGCGCCAGAGCGGUUGGGCGGGAUCGGCGACCUUCUUGCGAAGAGUGCUGAGGAGGCCACCCUCAAGCAGGUGGAAAUAGCGGAAGCCGCAGGAGACAUCGCGUAUGGAACCUCCGGCACCGUGGUAAAUAUUCCGGGCUUGCCGCCUAUGUACGACUACGAGAUCGAGCCACAGACGUCCAUGGGAGGCAAGGCGCUGAAUGGAGGUUUAUGCCUCCUGACAUACCAAGUUUUGAACGCUUGCGAUGGUAUCAUCCACGCCAGCCCUGAGUGCUACGAGCCGGGGACCAUAGCCGCUCUGCGACAGUGGAUGGUGGAGACGACCCGCCCCUUGUAUUGCGCUGGACCGAUGGUUGCGCUCGGUACACGUGCUGAAGACGUAGAGAAGCAGCAGUCGGAUAAUACUGCAGGGAUCGACGACUUCCUGGCGUCCACCUUGAGCCGCUACGGUGAACGUUCUCUCUUAUACAUAUCAUUUGGGACGGUAUAUUGGCCCAUGGAGCCGGAGAAGAUCUGGGCUUUCUUGAACGCCGUGUUGGACCUCAAGAUACCAUUCCUCAUAAGCCACGCGUCCCCUUACUUAAACGUUCCCUCGGGGAUGGCGGACAAGGUCAAGCAGUGUGGUCACGGUCUUCUUACCAAAUACACGCCGCAGCAGCAUAUUCUGCAUCAUCCGGCAACUGGGUGGUUCCUGACGCAUUGCGGCCACAACAGCACUAUUGAGGCGAUUUGUGCCGGCGUGCCGAUGAUAUGCUGGCCGUUCUUCUUCGACCAGCCGCUGAACUCACUGCACCUGACACAAAACCUGGGCGUCGCCUACGAGCUGUUCAACGUGCGCACCGGGUCUGGCUUGAGACCUGUCCACCGCCUUGGCAAGGCGCCCGAAGGCACGCCGGAUUCUGUCAAGGAAGAGGCGCGGGAGGUGCUGAGUCUCGCUUUCGGCGAGGACGGCAAACGCAAACAAGAGAAGAUGCAGGCUCUCCAGCAGAAAGUCCUCGAUGCUCGAUCCAAGCAAGGCGCCUCUACCCGUGACAUUCAGGCAUAUAUUGGGCACACUAUGACGACGACAUUGAUGCACCCCACAGUCUUCCAUCCUCCGACUUCUCGCUCAAUAUUUGCGCGCUCGGGCUGGGACGAUUCCGAGCAAGCCGUAUUCGCGCCGCAAUGCGAAUCAGCUGACCGCGUCUUCGGGCGAAUUCACAUGGCCGGCUGCCUCGGGCGAUCAUGCACAGUGCGGGGUGCAUAUAAGUUCCCCGCAUUCCCCUGGACAGCCAUCUCCGGCCUAUCCAUCGCUCUCGGGGCAUGUCUGCACGAAUACGUUAUGCAGAACUAA